AUGGCUAAAGGAAAAUCCGGAUUUACUGCGCCGUCCAAGGCGGUUGACCCCGCCUUGGCCGCUCUGUUCACCGAGAGCGCUGGGCCAGUGGCGGCACUUCCAAAGUCCCGAUAUUCAGAAUUGCUGCCAGUCAAAGUCCGAGCACCACCAGUAGCUUCGAACCAGCCAGAGGAGGUCGACGAUGAGGAGCUCUCGGAGCUUUCAGACGAUGAGUUAGACGGCGACGAUUCGGACGACGAGGACGAGUUCUCCAAUAACGAGUCAUCCGAGAGCGAGUCCGAACCCGAAGAAGCCGACGAGGAAAUCUCUGUUGCUGAAGAAGAAGAAGAAGAAGUUGAGGCCGCUAAAGUUGUUGAGGCUCCAGUCGAGCGCAAGGUGACCAAGCGAGAAGACGGCCAGAAGCGGAAACGCAAACAACGAGAUGCGUACGAUGACCUCGAGUCUAGCUACUUUCAGAAGUUGGCCGACGAGGAAGUAGAGGAGCCGGCAGGCAAACGCCUAAGGGCAGACGAAUCAGCCGCGACAGAGGGUAGCGACGAAGAUGUCUCUCCCGACACGGCCGAGGACGGCGAACUAUCUGCGGAUGAGGCCCCCGUACACGAGUCUCUUUCUGUCAACGCUGCCGCGUCCGAGAUCGAAAAGGCAAACCGCACUGUAUUUCUCAGCAACGUCUCAACUAAGGCGAUCACAUCGCGCACUGCCAAAAAGACGUUGAUGAACCACCUCGCAUCAGUUCUGGAUAAGAAGGCAGUGCCACCACAGAAAAUCGAGUCCAUUCGUUUCCGGUCGACGGCAUUUUCGGCAGGCGGUCUGCCGAAGCGCGCAUCGUACAUCACAAAGUCGGUCAUGGAGGCCACUACCAAAUCGACUAACGCAUAUGUUGUCUACAGCUUGACUCAAGGCUCGCGAGCCGCCGUGUCUCAGCUUAAUGGCACAAUCGUUCUGGACCGGCACCUGAGAGUCGACAGCGUGGCGCAUCCUGCUCAUGUUGCUCACCGACGCUGCAUUUUCGUCGGAAAUCUAGGCUUUGUGGACGACGAGAGCGUUCUCAACGCGAAGCUAGACGAGUCAGGAAAUGAGGUGACGGAGAAGCGUAAGCGUACCAAAGUGCCCAUGGAUGUUGAGGAAGGGCUGUGGCAGGUAUUCAGCAAGGAGGCCGGAAGAGUUGAGAGCGUCCGCGUGGUCAGAGAUGCCGCUACCCGAGUGGGCAAGGGUUUUGCAUAUGUGCAGUUCUAUGACGCCAACGCCGUGGAAAAGGCCAUCAUUCUGAACGGCAAGAAAUUCCCGCCAAUGCUCCCGCGUGAGUUGCGCGUGAGCCGCUGCAAGGCGCCCCACAAAACGGCGAGGGCCAUGGAGGCCAAAUAUGGCCCUGGUAAGCCUGGCAUUUCCUCGGAUGGCAAGGGCAAGGGUAAGUUCAAUAACAACGGCAAGAGGAGCACUAGCUAUGCGCCCAAACCCACGGCAGAGGCCCAGUCGCUGGCAGGACGGGCGGGGAAGCUCCUCGGCCGGGCAGGUGCCGCACUGAUGGGCGCAGCAGGGAGCAAGGAGAGCCGGCCUCGGGCCGAGCCCCGGGCAAAACGCCCACUUCCGCAACAACAGCAAAGUGGCGACGGCGCCAAGCCCAUGAAGUCUCCCGAGGACAUCGUCUUUGAGGGGCGGCGGGCUAGCGAGAGAGACGGCCGGCCCAGGGACCUGAAGUUCAAGCAGACCAGCAACAAGUCUCGCGGGGCUAAAAUGCACAAGAAGGCUGCUGCCAAGCCCAACCGUGGAGCGCUUCGGGCUGCAAAGUGGAAGAAGGCUGGAGGGGUCGCCAAAUAA